ACAGUUUGUAUAAAUACAGCAACACAAGCACCAGAAAGCAUAAUCUAGAAGAUACAGAGAAUCUUACAAAGACAACUUCAACACACAGCUGCUAAUUCUAUCGCAUUAACCACUGAUAACAUGGAUUUAAAUGAGAUGGACUGCUCUGAUUCUCUGGCCAUGAGUGGCAGAUGUGACCAACACAAAGGACUCCGUAUCGAGAUCACCAAGGAGCCUCUUGGCAUGCGCCGUGUUGCUAAUGUUGUAAUCGCACUGCACAGGCUGAAGCACACUCAAUGUGUUCAGUCCACCGAGUUCACUGACCACGAACUCUUCAAUAUCUUCAUGGAGAAUGUGAUUGAAGAGAACAUGGUGAUUAAUUUGAAGUGCAGUGAAUCCAAGAGUUACUGUAUGCAGGACAAGGUUGUCCAGUGCUCUAUAUGUGACAAGUCUAAAAGGACCUUGGUGCAGAGGGAAAAGCCUCCUCUUCUGUUUGCCAUUACUCUGAAGGGUGGAAACGAGGACAAUAAAACAUGGUUCAACCUUUCAUCUUACGAUCGACCAAACUGCAAAGAAAACACAAAAGGCCAGCCUGUGUGUUUGGGGAUUGUAAAGAGCAACCUCUUUCUUUCAUGCGCACUGCUGAAUGAAACUCCCUUUCUAGGCAUAGAGGAGGUAACAGACAAAGAGACACUGAAGGACAUAAAGGAGAAUGAUGGCAUGGAGCGCUUCCUUUUCUUCAGAAAUGGCAGUGGUGACUUUCUGAACACCUUUGAAUCGGUCAAAUACCCAGGCUGGUUCAUCACAACCUCAAAGGAGGACUUUAAGCCAGUGCAAAUGGCUAAGCAGCAGCCCAGUCACCUCCAGCUGUUCACACUCCAUGAUGAGACAGUAGUCUCUAUCUAAAUAAGAAAAUCAGUUUUCAGAAAGUAUGUACUGGGUACAAGUGUAAACUUUUAUCUUUUUAAAUAUAUUUAAUAUUUUUCUAUUUAAGAAUAUCUCAAAUCAAGUUGCCAGACUGUUAUGUGCUUGUUUGUAGUUUCACAAAGAUGGACAAGGAAUUAUUUAUCUUUAUAUAAAAAAUUUUUAGACACCUGGCUGCUCUGUUCAUGUGUGUAGUUUCACAGUGUUUUUACUUUAUUUAAUUACUUUGUAUCUUACUUAUUACAAAGUUUGUAUGGAUUUACUUAUUAUUAUUUUUUGUAUUUUAAAGCAUAAUAAAAAUUUUUUU